AUGGUAUUUGCACGAUCAGCCCUCCGCGCCGUUCGCCCAGCGAGCUCUCUGCUCAGCCAGAGAGCUGGCACUGCAUUCGCUGCCCGCAGCGGCAUGGGAGGUGUCAGAACGCUGACCGCAACCUCUUCACAACAGGGCAAAGUUCUUAUGGUCCUGUACGAUGGCUUUGAGCACGCCAAGCAAGAGCCAAAGCUGUUGGGUACCACCGAGAACGAGCUUGGUCUCAGGAAGUGGAUUGAGGACCAAGGCCACACGCUCGUGACCACCUCCGACAAGGAGGGCGAGAACAGCAAGUUCGACCAGGAGCUCGUAGACGCCGAAGUCAUCAUCACCACCCCAUUCCACCCAGGUUACCUCACCGCUGAGCGUCUCGCCAAGGCGAAGAACCUCAAGAUCGCCGUCACUGCUGGUAUUGGUUCCGACCACGUCGACCUCAACGCAGCCAACAAGACCAAUGGCGGUAUCACCGUCGCCGAAGUCACUGGCUCCAACGUUGUCUCCGUCGCCGAGCACGUCGUCAUGACCAUGCUUGUCCUCGUCCGCAACUUCGUCCCAGCACACGAGCAGAUUGCCCGCGGCGACUGGAACGUCGCUGAGGUCGCCAAGAACGAGUACGAUCUCGAGAACAAGGUUGUCGGUACCGUCGCUGUUGGCCGUAUCGGUGAGCGUGUGCUCCGCCGCCUGAAGCCAUUCGACUGCAAGGAGCUCCUCUACUUCGACUACCAGGCACUGUCGCCAGAGAAGGAGAAGGAGAUUGGUUGCCGAAGAGUCGAGAACCUCGAGGAGAUGUUGGCCCAGUGUGAUGUUGUCACCAUCAACUGCCCACUUCACGAGAAGACCCGCGGUCUCUUCAACAAGGACUUGAUCUCCAAGAUGAAGAAGGGCUCGUGGCUCGUCAACACCGCCCGUGGUGCGAUCGUUGUAAAGGAGGAUGUUGCUGAUGCUCUCAAGAGCGGCCAGCUCCGUGGUUACGGUGGUGACGUCUGGUUCCCACAGCCAGCACCAAAGGACCACCCACUCCGAUACGCCAACUACGGCCCAUUCAACUCUGGCGGUAACGCCACAGUUCCACACAUGUCCGGAACCUCGCUCGACGCACAAUCCCGCUACGCCAACGGUGUCAAGAGCAUCCUGCAGUCAUACUGGAGCGGCAAGCACGACUACCGCCCAGAAGACCUUAUUGUCUACAAGGGUGACUAUGCCACCAAGGCAUACGGUCAACGUGAGAAGAUCAAGCAGUCCUCUUAG